AUGGCGAAACUUCAUCCAUCACACUGUCGUGGCCACUCCGUUAUAAAGAUAAUACGGAGUAACUUGUUAGUUAUACUUAUGCUGAUGGCAAUGCUAAUUGGAAUCGGUCUCGGCUGUUUGAUAAGAACCUGCUGUGCACCAUUGGACAAUAGAACCAUUGUAUAUCUGAAGUUCCCAGGAGACAUUAUGCUUAACACACUUCGGAUGGUAUCUGUGCCUCUUGUCGUCUCCAGUAUCAUUUCGUCUCUAGCCUCGCUCUCGAUGAGGACUUCCGGUAGUAUUGGACUGAAGGCACUAGUGUACUAUCUACUUACCACGGUAUGUGCCGUUAUUACUGGUACUUUGGGCAUUGUAAUGAUCUCUGACAGAAAAUCAAUUGCAGAAGAAGCGACAGAGAUAGCUAAUGACAUUCACCAAUUAGAUUCAUUUUUGGAUAUGAUGAGAAAUGCUUUUCCGGAUAAUCUGGUGAAAGCGACAUUUUCAAAGAAACAGUCGUUAUUGUCUACUGUAGAUGUCUAUGAUGAAGAUAUAUCUGGAAGAAAUACGUCAAGUAACAUGACGACCAAGGAAACCUUAAAAAUCACAUCUGUUUCUGGAACCAACAUGCUUGGAUUAAUCGUGGUCUCCAUCUUUAUCGGAUGUCUUUUGUCUAAAAUGGAAGCAAAGGGCAAACCUCUAGUAGACUUCUUCCAAAGUAUUUACCAGGUCAUGAUGCGGUUGAUACUGAUAUUUCUUUGGUUUACUCCGAUCGGACUGACAUUUCUGAUAGCUGUGGCUGUAGUACAGAUAGACAGACCAUCGGAAACCCUUCAAGAGUUUGCCGUGUUUAUCUCAGCAGUUGUGUUUUGUUUCCUGCUUCACGGCUUUGGUACAGUGUCGAUCCUGUAUUUUAUCGUGACAAGAAAAAAUCCAUAUGUUUUCUUACGAAACAUGUCAAAGGCACUUCUAACAGCAUUUGGAUCGACUUCAAGUGCAGCAGCUCUGCCCUUCACAAUGGAUUGUCUAAUAAACAAGAACAGGGUCAACAGUCGUGUCGUUAACUUCAUUGCUCCGAUAGGGGCCACAAUCAACAUGGACGGAAUAGCACUUUACAUUCCAAUGCUGACCAUUUUCAUUUCCCACCGAAUAGGGUUGAGCUUGGAUCCUGCACGUUAUGUUAUAAUUGGGUUGUCAGCUAUUGGAGUAUCUAUAGGAGCCGCAGGUAUUCCGGGAGCGGGACUAAUGUACAUGACAGUAGCCGCCAUCGCUGUUGGUCUUCCUCCAGACCAAGUUCUCAUCACUGCUCCGUUUGAUUGGAUAUUUGCACAAUUUCGGACAAUGAUCAACGUCUCUGGAGAUUCAUUUGGGGCCGGCAUCGUCGAACAUUUAAGCUAUUCCUUACUGACACAUAACAAAGCAGAUACGGUGAAUGAAACUGAAGAGAUGUUUGAGGUCGAGGAGGAAGAAACUAAUUUAGUUUGA